AUGCCCAGGAGAAUCAUCAUCAUUGGUGGGGUUGCGGGCGGCAUGUCCGCGGCCACUCGUCUUCGGCGUCUUGAUGAAUCAGCCAUCAUUACUGUAUUUGAACAGGGAGCAUAUACCGGCUUUGCCAACUGCGGCAUCCCCUACGCGCUGGGCAAAGUCAUUGAGCAUGACGAGGAGCUGAUCCUCCGCACACCAAUGGACUUCAAAGAACGAUUCAAUAUCGAUGUUCAUGUUCAGGCUGAAGUCGUCAAUAUCGACCGUGCAAAACAUUCAGUCAGUGUACGGACUGAAGGAGAUGAUUGCAUUCGUCAAUUUGGAUACGACAAGCUCAUACUUGCGCAAGGUGCCGAGGCCUUUCGCCCUCCAUGUGCUGGGACGGAUGUGGACAACAUUACCACGAUACAGACCAUUGCUGAUCUCCAAAAGGUGCAUAAAUUGCUAUCAGAUCGCGAUGCAAAGUAUGUAUGUGUGAUUGGAGCCGGCUUCAUCGGCAUCGAGGUUGCUGAGAACUUGCGAAAGCUUGGACUUGAUGUUUCAAUUGUCGAGUAUGGAUCGCAUAUCUUUCCGCCUAUUGAUGGCGAAAUGGCUGAAAUACUUCACUUAGAACUCCGCAACAACGGUAUUCAGCUAUUUCUGAACGAGUCAGCCCAGAAGAUUGAUAAGUCACGAGUCACCUUAUCUAGUGGACUCGUGCUACCCGCCGACCUGGUGAUUUUGGCUGCAGGAGUCAGGGCUAGAACAGGACUGGCAAAGCAGGCAGGUUUGGUAUUGGGUAUGACCGGAGUUAGAGUCAACACUCACAUGCAAACCUCCGACCCUGACAUAUAUGCCGUCGGGGAUAUGGUUGAGACACAGAAUAAUAUCAUGGAAAGGCCGGCAUUGCUCGCCAUGGCUGGCCCAGCCAACAGACAAGGCCGAAUGGCGGCUGACCACAUCUGUGGCAAAAUGGUUAAUUAUCGUGGAAAUGUUGGCACUUCUGUCUGUCAGGUAUUCGGUCUGACGCUCGGCUUCGUCGGACUUUCGACUCAAGUACUCCGUCAACUUGGUCAUGAUCCUCUUUCGAUCACGGUGCAUCCCCCUGAUCAUGCAGGAUAUUUCCCAGGGUCACAUACUAUGACUAUCAGACUUGCUUUCCGGAAGGAAACAGGCCAGAUACUGGGAGCGCAGAUUAUUGGCAAAGCUGGUGUUGACAAAAGAAUCGACGUCCUGGCGACAGCAAUGCAGUUCGGUAGCACCGUCUUUGAUCUCGAGCAUCUUGAGCUGGGAUACGCGCCACCGUACGGCUCGGCAAAGGAUGCAGUCAACAUGGCUGGCUUUGUGGCAUCUAAUGUUCUUCGCGGAGACUGUAAGAUUGUCCAUGCUGAACAGCUCACUAGAGAAAAACUUGACGAACUGCAAGUCGUGGAUGUCCGCUCUCCUGAGGAAUUUGCUCGCGGUCAUCUUCACCAGGCAGUCAAUCUUCCGCUCAAUAACCUGAGGCAACAGUUGGCCACUCUGGAUAGGUCAAGAUCAACUAUGGUAUACUGUCAAGUUGGUUACCGCGGCUAUUUGGCUUACUGUAUUCUCAGACAAUUUGGGUUUGAUGUUGUUAAUCUUGAUGGGGGCUUUAAGACAGUAGUUCAAGGACGAUGUCAAUCAUUACAUAGCUGA